AUGCCAAAAUAUGAGUUCAGGCUGAAGUCCUUCAAAACAACUCACAUUUUAGCAUUGAUUCCUUAUUCGGAUUUCUCAAUUUCUCAACAUCAUGAUAUAUUUUUCAUGUUCGUUUUGAACACCUACGCAGCCUUUUACAAAUAUGCACAUUCUACGGACUUACAGGCUAAGAUAAAUAGAAAUAAUCACGAAGUAUGUUGUGAGGUGCUUGGUCGACGAGGGAACUUAAAAGAAUGA